GGCCUGUGAGGCGGUAACUCCUCUCCGCCCCAGCCCCCUUCCUCCUCCUUUCUCUCCUCUCCCUCCCUCCCCUCCCCGCCCCUCGCAGUCUCUCGCUCGAGUGAAUGUGGCGCGGUGGCGCGGGACGCAGCCUCGGCCCCUGCCGCGGCCCCGCGAGCUCGUGAGGAGACGAAGCCGCCGCCUGCCCCCACCCCCUGCGCUUCCCGGGGGAGCUACCGCCGCCGGGGAAGAAGAACGAGGAGGGGAGCGAGGGGACGGCGGCGGGGAAACGGGAGAGGGAGGAGAAGAGGGCUCGAGGGCGAGAAGGGAAAGCGGGGAGGGACGGACGGAAGGACGGACGGCCCGACGGACGGCCCGGGGAGGGGGCCGCCAUCGAGCCUGUCCGGCCCCUCGGCUCUAGCUCGGGGCGGCCGCGGCGGCGGCGCAGGCGAAGGGCGCGGCAGGCGCUAUCGAGACAAUAACCCCGCCGCCCGGCUCCGGGGGCGGCGGCGAGAAGGAGGUGGCGGCCUAGCGCGGCCGAGGCUCGCCCAGCACCCCGGCGGCGUCUUCGCCCCCCGCCGGCCAGGUUCGGCCGCCGUCGGGUGUCGGGGCGCGCGGGUCGCCCGGAGUCCCAGGCUCGCAGCUGACGCCCCCUGCCCUCCCCCUCCCCGGCGCGCGUGGAGCUGGUUUUCCGGGUUCCCCUGGACCGAGUUGGAUCCUGCUGCUCGCCACGGCAGGAAGUGAGUUUCGCACGGUAAUUCCGGGCGGUGUCACGAGUGAAAAGUUUUUGUUUUUCGGCGGAGAUCCUAGUUGGGUCUGGGAAACUCCUGCAAAACUCGAGACCAGGAAACCAGUCUGCGUCCCAGCCCCCACCAAAGCCACCUACUCUUCCUACUGCGGGAGGCCACUUCACAUCCGCUCUCACCAGAGAGAGAAAUUCGGCUGGAUCCGAAGUGACUAAUGAAGGGAAGGAAAUCAUGUCAGGCGAAGCCUUGAAAAAGCGGCCCUGAGACACUGCCCGACCGAAAGGAGAGUGAGAGAGAGAAACCUUAUUUUUACUCUGGAAUUUAAACAAAUCGUCUCUGGAGAGAGGACACUGAACUGUCUCAAUGUUGCUGAGUGUUAUUAUCUGGAAUGUGUCCUUGUAUAAACAUCUUAAAUUGGCUGUAAAUGACAUUGCUCAGUGGACCCAGACCAUGCAGAAAUAAUGUUGGCUCAAUUAAGAAACAUCAGGGAGAUAAAUUCAACCCAGUGUGUCUAAAAAUGACUACAAAACGAAGUUUGUUUGUGCGGUUGGUACCAUGUCGUUGUCUACGAGGAGAAGAGGAGACCGUCACUACUCUUGAUUAUUCUCAUUGCAGUUUGGAACAGGUUCCCAAAGAGAUUUUUACUUUUGAAAAAACUCUGGAGGAGCUCUACUUAGAUGCUAAUCAGAUUGAAGAGCUUCCAAAGCAACUUUUUAACUGUCAGUCUCUACACAAACUGAGUUUGCCAGAUAAUGAUUUAACAACAUUACCAGCAUCUAUUGCAAAUCUCAUUAAUCUCAGGGAACUGGAUGUCAGCAAGAAUGGGAUACAGGAGUUUCCAGAAAAUAUAAAAAAUUGUAAAGUUUUGACAGUUGUGGAGGCCAGUGUAAAUCCUAUUUCCAAGCUUCCUGAUGGAUUUUCUCAGCUGUUAAACCUAACCCAGUUAUAUCUGAAUGACGCUUUCCUAGAGUUCUUGCCAGCUAAUUUUGGCAGAUUAACUAAACUCCAGAUAUUAGAACUUAGAGAAAACCAGUUGAAAAUGUUGCCAAAAACCAUGAAUAGACUGACCCAGCUGGAAAGACUGGAUUUGGGAAGUAAUGAAUUCACAGAAGUGCCUGAAGUACUUGAGCAGCUAAGUGGAUUGAAAGAAUUUUGGAUGGAUGGUAAUAGACUGACUUUCAUUCCAGGGUUUAUCGGUAGCUUGAAACAGCUCACAUAUUUGGAUGUUUCUAAAAAUAAUAUUGAAAUGGUUGAAGAAGGAAUUUCAGCAUGUGAAAACCUUCAAGACCUCCUAUUAUCAAGUAAUUCACUUCAACAACUGCCUGAGACUAUUGGUUCAUUGAAGAAUGUAACAACUCUUAAAAUAGAUGAAAAUCAGUUAAUGUAUCUACCAGACUCUAUAGGAGGGUUAGUGUCAAUAGAAGAACUGGAUUGUAGCUUCAAUGAACUUGAAGCUUUGCCUUCAUCUAUUGGGCAGCUUACUAAUAUAAGAACGUUUGCUGCAGAUCAUAAUUACUUACAACAGUUACCCCCAGAGAUUGGAAGCUGGAAAAAUAUAACUGUGCUGUUUCUCCAUUCCAAUAAACUUGAGACACUUCCAGAGGAAAUGGGUGAUAUGCAAAAAUUAAAAGUCAUUAAUUUGAGUGACAAUAGAUUAAAGAAUUUGCCCUUUAGCUUUACAAAGCUACAGCAAUUGACUGCUAUGUGGCUCUCAGAUAAUCAGUCCAAACCCCUGAUACCUCUUCAAAAAGAGACUGAUUCAGAGACCCAGAAAAUGGUGCUUACUAACUACAUGUUCCCUCAGCAGCCAAGGACUGAGGAUGUUAUGUUCAUAUCAGAUAAUGAAAGUUUUAAUCCUUCAUUGUGGGAGGAACAGAGAAAACAGCGGGCUCAAGUGGCAUUUGAAUGUGAUGAAGACAAAGAUGAAAGGGAAGCACCUCCUAGAGAGGGAAAUUUAAAGAGAUAUCCAACACCAUACCCAGAUGAGCUUAAGAAUAUGGUUAAAACUGUUCAAACCAUUGUACAUAGAUUAAAAGAUGAAGAGACUAAUGAAGACUCUGGAAAAGAUUUGAAACCACAUGAAGAUCAGCAAGUUGUAAAUAAUGAUGUGGGUGUGAAGACUUCAGAAAGUACUACUGCAGUAAGAAGCAAAGCUGAUGAAAGAGAAAAGUAUAUGAUAGGAAACUCUAUACCGAAGACCAGUGAACCUGAAGCUGAGGUCAGUCCUGGGAAUCCGCCAGUGACUGCAAAUAUGAAAGCCUCUGAGAACUUGAAGCAUAUUGUUAAUCAUGAUGAUGUUUUUGAGGAAUCUGAAGAACUUUCUUCUGAUGAAGAGAUGAAAAUGGCAGAGAUGCGACCACCAUUAAUUGAAACCUCUAUUAACCAGCCCAAAGUGGUAGCACUUAGUAAUAACAAAAAAGAUGAUACAAAGGAUACAGAUUCUUUAUCAGAUGAAGUUACACACAAUAGCAAUCAGAAUAACAGCAACUGUUCUUCUCCAUCUCGGAUGUCUGAUUCAGUUUCUCUUAAUACUGAUAGUAGUCAAGAUACCUCACUCUGCUCUCCAGUGAAACAAACUCAUAUUGGUAUUAAUUCCAAAAUCAGGCAAGAAGAUGAAAAUUUUAACAGCCUUUUACAAAAUGGAGAUAUUUUAAAUCAUUCAACAGAGGAAAAAACCGAGGUUCCUGAUAAAAAAGAUUUUAACUUACCUGAAUAUGAUUUGAAUAUUGAAGAGCGAUUAGUUCUUAUUGAAAAAGGUGUUGCCUCAACAACCACAUCUGAUGAAUCUCACAAAUUAGACCAUAUCAAUAUGAAUCUUAAUAAACUUGUAACUAAUGAUACAUUUCAACCAGAGAUAGUGGAAAGAUCAAAGACAGAGGAUACAGUGCUUGAAACAGGCUUUUUCAGCAAUAAUGCUAAAGGAGAGGCUGAGCACUUGGAUAAUGGAAACAAGUAUCCUACUCUUGAAUGCAUAAAUAAGGUAAAUGGACGUUCUGAGGAAACUCCACAGUCUCCUAGGAGGACUGAACCACAUGACACCAGUUCUUCUGUUGAUGCCGGUCUUUCCAAAAGCACUGAAGAUCUCUCCCCUCAGAGAAGUGGGCCAAUUGGAUCUGUUGUGAAAUCUCAUAGCAUAACUAAUAUGGAGACUGGCAGGCUAAAAAUCUAUGACAUUCUUAGUGAUAAUGGACCUCAGCAGCCAAGUGCAACAGUUAAAGUAACAUCUACUAUUGAUGGAAAAAAUAUAGUCAGGAGCAAGUCAGCUACGCUUUUGUAUGAUCAACCAUUGCAAGUAUUUACUGGUUCUUCUUCAUCUUCUGAUUUAAUAGCAGGUACAAAGGCAAUUUUCAAGUUUGAUUCAAAUCAUAAUCCUGAAGAACCAAAUAUAAUAAGAGGCCCCACAACAAGUGGCCCACAGUCCAUGCCUCAAAUAUAUGGUCCUCCACAGUAUAAUAUCCAGUACAGUAGCAGUGCUACAGUCAAGGACACUUUGUGGCACUCCAAACAAAAUCCCCAAGUAGACCAUGUCAAUUUUCCUCCACAGCGCUUUCCUAGAUCAGAGAGUACAGAAAAUCACAGUUAUGCUAAACAUUCUGCCAAUAUGAAUUUCUCUAAUCAUAACAAUGUUCGAGCUAAUACUGGAUACCAUUUACAUCAGAGACUUGGUCCAGGAAGACAUGGGGAAAUGUGGGCCAUCUCACCAAAUGACCGACUCAUUCCUGGAUCAUCACGAACUACGAUUCAGCGACAGAGUAGUGUGUCCUCUACAGCCUCUGUAAAUCUUGGUGAGCCAGGUCCCACAAGGCGGGCCCAAGUUCCUGAAGGAGAUUAUUUAUCAUACAGAGAGUUACAUUCAGUGGGAAGAACUCCUCCAAUAAUGUCAGGAUCACAGAGACCUCUUUCUGCACGAACAUACAGCAUUGAUGGUCCAAAUGCAUCAAGGCCUCAGAGUGCUCGACCCUCUGUUAGUGAAAUACCAGAGAGAACUAUGUCAGUUAGUGAUUUCAGUUAUUCACGGACUAGUCCUUCAAAAAGAACAAAUGCAAGGGUUGGUUCUGAACAUUCAUUAUUAGAUCCUCCAGGAAAAAGUAAAGUUCCUCACGAUUGGCGAGAACAAGUACUACGACACAUUGAGGCCAAAAAGUUAGAAAAGAGCAUGCUGUCAAGGUCCUUUAAUUCCACUUUUACUGCUGUAAGCCACUUUCACUAUGGCAGCUCUAGGGAUCUGCAUGGCAGCCAAGGCAGUCUUGCCUUGAGUAUUGCAGACGGAAGAGGUUCUGGUGGGCACAUUUUUCGACAUCCCCAGACAUCCUGUGCAGGAGAUCCUUGUCAAGAUGAUAUAUUCAUUUCAGGACAGCAGAACUACCCGUCAGCUACACUUAGUCACAAAGAUGUUCUUCCAGACAGCUUGAUGAAAAUGCCUUUGAGUAAUGGACAGAUGGGCCAGCCUCUCAGGCCUCAGGCAAAUUAUAGUCAAAUACAUCACCCCCUUCCUCAGGCAUCUGUGGCAAGGCAUCCCUCUAGAGAACAACUAAUUGAUUACUUGAUGCUGAAAGUGGCCCACCAGCCUCCAUACACACAGCCCCAUUGUUCUCCUAGACAAGGCCAUGAACUGGCAAGGCAAGAGAUUCGAGUGAGAGUUGACAAGGAUCCAGAACUUGGAUUUAGCAUAUCAGGAGGGGUUGGGGGAAGAGGAAACCCAUUCAGACCUGAUGAUGAUGGUAUAUUUGUAACAAGGGUACAGCCUGAAGGACCAGCAUCAAAAUUAUUGCAACCAGGUGAUAAAAUUAUUCAGGCUAAUGGCUACAGUUUUAUCAAUAUUGAACAUGGACAAGCAGUGUCCUUGCUAAAAACUUUCCAGAACACAGUAGAACUCAUCAUUGUACGAGAGGUUUCCUCAUAAGAGCUGUGGACUAAAAAAUGGAGAGACAGCAAGAUUUAUUGGAAGAUACUUGCAGGGGAAAUUAAUAUUUUGACUAUUUUUAUAUAUAAAGAACUCAAAUAUGUUCAAAUUUGUACAUUAAUGAGAUAAUGGAAUUUGUGGUUAGAGGGAAAGAACCACUGUACAGUAUAUAGGGGAGACUGUUGAAUUCAUACCAUAUAAAACUUCAGGUUUUUAAACAUAGCAGUCAAGGCUACAAAAACAAAUGUAUGUUGUUUUUGUAUAGAGUGUAGGUUUAUUUUUGGAUUUCAUACACACGAUUGAACUCUGUGCAAGGCUCUAGUUAGCCUUGAUUGUAGCCCAGAGACAGAUGGCAGAGCUAUCUAUCUCAUAGCUUUUAUGCCCUUAUUUUUAUUCAACUGGUAUUAAUGUUUUUCUGCUGAAACUUUUUUUUAUGUGGGCAAGAGAUUUGAAGUGUUGGCUUUCGCUAUGUGCAUAUUGAAUUGAAGAGUGAGUAGGUGAAGGUGGUGCUGGUGGGUUCACUUUCCAAGGCCAGAUUAAAACAGUUAUUUCCUAUAAAAAUCUGGAAGCAAAGAAUGAAAAAAACAGCUGUUAAUGUGUUUUUAUUAAUAGAAUAAUGCAAUAAAAAAUGUGAUGUCUUUUUAAAGAAAUAAAAAAGACAAUAAUUGCAUUUUAUGAGCUCUUCAGGAUCUGUUCUUGUCAUAGCCAUUACUCUACAUUUGCUACUAGUGAAUCAAGUUUCAAUUUUUUAGUCACAGGAAAUUUUUAACUCUUCUGUAGAUGCAUGUCCAUGCAUUUUCUUUCCUUCUUUUUGUUUUUUUCUUUUUGGUCCAUGCAUUUUCCGUGAUGCAGAAAUUCCUUGAUUUUUUGCAAAUGGUGGUACUUGCAAUCUGUUUUAUAAUUAGUACUCCAUUUUAAUCUUAAUUUAUAAUUUUUAUUUUAAGCAACAAAUGAAACUGAAAUGGCCAGUUUUAAGAUUGUGUUGCUGUAACACAAAAUGUAAGAAGAUUUAGGAAAGCCUCUUGAUUUUGUUUGGCCUCAACAUUGCCUUGGUAAAGUAAAAGGAAACAGUACGCAUGGAGCUAGGAAACCAAAGCAAGUUUGUGAAACUGGCACAGUGAUAGAGAAUUGCUGUGGAGAGUUGUAGAGCAAAGGGAUGGGUCCUUGAGGCCUACCAGUGUGUAAUGGUGUUCAGAUAAAGGGCUGUUCCUACAGGUAACAUUAAAUGUGAACUCGACACUUCAGAGUCUUUAAAGGGUUUCUAAGUGUAUCAGUGUAAUAGUGUUUUACCACCAACUGCCUUUGUUCCUCGUUAGUGUAACAAUUAUUUGAUAGAGGUUUAUUAAUUUUGUCCAGACCAUUAAUUUUGUUUUUGUUCUGUCUAUGUAAUCAAAUAAAAUUUGAGUGACAUGCAAUGGUAAGAAUUAAUGCAUGGUUAUUUGGACCAGAAAAAAGUGCCAUAGAAGACCAAUAACUGUUUUUAGUCGAGGCUAGUCCGAGCGUUUCAUUAGAGCAAUAUUCAGUUAUUGCAAUUCAUUUUUAAUUACUAAGAAGUAUAAUUUUGGAAUUUUGAAUCUGUUGUGCUUUGUUCUUCAACCUUGUUUUAAGGUUAAGUCUUCUAUAAGACUAGCGAAAACAGCAAUCUACAUUAUUUUUGCAAAAGUGAGUUGGACUCGUUUGUUUCUUGCUAGUCAGAGUAAAUAGGCAGUACUUUUAAAAAGAUGUGAACUCCAAUACUGCACUUCUUUCAAGAUGUUAUCAAUUGGUUAUUGUACUGUAUAGUUUUAAUAAUAUUGAUUGAAGCCCUUUAACAACUCUUUGUAAAUUUUAACUCAUUUUAGUUGAUUUUCAGUACUAUUUACAUAGUAAUUGAUUUUUAUGGAUAUAGUAGAAAAAAUGUGCUGUAUUUUGAUAAAAUUCAUUUAUUGUAUGUGUGUUGUAAUCUCUUUAAAAAAUGACAAACAGCUUCUUUAAGACAA